UUUUACACAAUUUGACCAAAGCGGACGGGCACGUUCACGUGUUCAAAAUGGCGCUAGUAUCAAACCUUGUUAGCUUUUGUAGCUACUUAUAUCAUUUCAACGCCGAGCUAAAACGCUUAAUCAAGAAAAAUACCUACUAUAAUGAGUUUAACGUCUCGCAUUAUGCUUCUGAGUUGGCUUCUCACGAGCCUCCCUCUCUGCUGCUCCAUCUCUGUGCCUUUUGGGAUCUUUACAGCGAAGUGCCAUGAACGUCACUUCUGGUUGACCAUUAAGGCCAGCUUUCUGGGGAGUGAGGUGCAGUUCAGCUUUGAAGACAGCACUGCUAUCCACUUCCUGUCUAGCCAACAGGCUGCAGAAUGUGGAUACACUGUGGUCUUGAAUUACCAUGGGGAUCUCGUGUUCAGGGCCUCUUACCUUGCCUGCCAUGUAGACAAUAAGAAAGACACUGAGUUCAGACUCCAGGUGUGGUUUGUCAACAGGCAGAUUGAUGGACGUGUUAAUGCUUACCCCUUCAAGCUUCUCUGCUCUCUAGCGCAACCCUGGAGCCCCAGAGAGAUCGUCUGUGAAGAGAACUACAUGGAGGCUUCAGUUCAAUGGCACUUCCCAGUUGUUUUGCAAGGAGGAGUGAAACGGCUUAAUCUGCUGUCUGAGGCACCUGAAGACCGAGCUAAGCGACUUAGCAAGAGCCGUGUGGUCUUCUACAGACAAGGAGAUGCCCAUCAAGCAUCUCAAUCAAUUCAAGAGGCUGCAGUUUUAGGGUACCACAUUGUGUCCACAGAUACCCGAAUACUACUACGCAGUGCCUACUCUUCUCCAUUGUCCUAUACACUCAAGGAACAAGACAUCCAGGUGGAAGCCGUCACUGCGGUCAUCACUAUCCUGUUCGAGGGCAUGUCCAUCCCAGUUGAGAUUUCGAUGGCCUGUGCAAAGAGUUUAGCAAGUUUUACUAUACUGGAGCAAGAAUCUGAACCUGUGGUGGAUGGCCUUUACAUACUCUCAACUUUUCCCCUGAUCCUUUCUUCUCUGGUGCAAGGCUGGUUUGGGAAUGGAGGGAUGCGGAUGGGAAUUGGUGAAAGAACGCUGAGUGAGUGUGAGCUGCAUGAAGGUGGUUAUGAAGCCACCCUGAAAGGUCAGACAGUGGAGAUCAGAAUUCCAUCUGGGGCACAGGGAGCUCAAAUAAAGAGUGGUGUCAUACAGGGCCUAUAUGCUCAGUCUCUGUCAGUGGAUCUCUUUUUCAUGCAUCACUGGGAGGAUAUGAUCUGGCUUCACACUCAACAUCGCAGCCUCCAACUCCUCCGGACACCAUACGUGCCUCAAACACCAACUCUCAUUAAUAAUACAGAUUCAUCAACCAGCAUGUUCUCCAUCACUUUGGGUGUGUUUGCUGCUGAUGUAUCACUCCACAGUAUAACAGUUAAGGAUGAAACCAUGACCUGGAAGGAGGCGGGGCACCAAGGUCUUCACUUGUUCCAGCUCCCUUUCAGCAAUGGCAGCCAUGCCUAUACACUUCAAGUCCCCUUUUCACACCGCCUGGUCACUCAGAAGGGUAUUAGUGUGCAGUACAAGAGAUACAUCCUGGCCUUUACCUUUGACUUCAUCAUCUUUCCAGCAAAGCAGCGCUACAGCUAUAGUGCUGAUGUUGUGUGUGAUGUAAAACAACCAGGUGUUUCCGCAUGGCUAGAGGGCAAGUGUACAGAAGGAGGGAUUCUGGUGGUCCUGCACUAUGGCUCUGAAGAUGUGCAGUGGGAGCUGUAUGUGGGGCAGCGCAUGCUCGAUUGGGAGCUUGUGCGGCUUGGUGAUUACAGGCUGAAGAGUAAAAAUGAUUACUUGAGUGUGGAGAUGCCUUUGUACAGCCCUGGCAUGACUUAUGAGGAGUUCAGUUUAAAAGACGUAGUUGCUAAGGUGGAGUUCAGUGCUGUGAAUGUGGCAACUUUCAAGGUGGAACACUCUCUGGUUCAGCGCUGCAAGUUUCCAGUCAGAGAUUUGCUGGUGUGCCUGCCAGAAAGAAGAAUGGUUGUGGUUACAGACACGACUCGCUCUGUUCCUCCCACCAGUCCCAACAGCACCACUUUGCUAGAUCCAUCCUGCGUGCCUGUGGCCACAGACAGCACCAGAGCUCUGUUCAACUUCAGCCUGGACUCCUGUGGCACCACUGUGUCUGUGGAAGGCAGUUAUCUGCUGUAUGAGAAUCAGAUAAGAUAUGCACAGAAGUUUGGUCCAGAAGAUGCUCCCAUUAUCCACACUGAUUCACCGUUCAGACUGACACUGCAGUGCCGCUACCCGGUUAAUGACACUAGAACAGUGGCUGUCCAUCUGCUUCCUGAUACAACCAUCAAAAGUCCAUCCUUGCCUUGGACAUGAAGCCCGAGUGAGACACAGCAUCACCAUCAGUCUCUCCUCAGAGAUUCCAACAAACCGAGAAGCCUUUGAGUCCAGUGUCUUCACUAUGGGGUAUGAAGAUGAGUGCUGCAGUGAGGAAACAAAUACAAAUAAAAUUGUGAUGUGGUGUUUUCAGCAAUUAAUAAAGUGAUUUUGUGUUGUGGUAAAGUGAAAUGUCUACAAAAUGUGAUGCAAUAAAAACAAAAUGCGCACAAGAAAGAUUUGGGGAUUGUCUAAAUUUACAUGCUGUUUAGUGAACCUGCUAAGCCUAAGAAAUUGCUGAUGUCAGUUUGAUAAAAAUGUAAAUGGUACAUAGUGUAAUUAAUGACAGUGUAAUUCAUUUAUUGAUGUGGAGCACAGCUGAUAAUUUUAAAACUGAGAUCGGCUGAUUUUAGUAGUAGAGUGUUUCUAAAAUAUCAGAAGUUGUAAACAGGAAAAAAUUGAGUCCCUUAAUUGUAAAUAGCUACUAGAUUGAAAUCAUAUUUAUUAAUUUAAUCACACUCAUCUAAGUCAGUGGUACAUCAAUAAUAUUUGUUAUGGUUUUUAUUUAUGACUGGCAUGUUACGCUGGCAUGUUAACAGCAUCAAAAUAUAUUAUUUUACUUUUUUGGUGGCCAGACUUCCAGUUGGGAUCUGAAAACCACAAGAUAACCUAAAUGGCAAAUCUCUCUCUCUCUCUCUCUCUCUCUCUCUCUCUCUCUAUAUCUCUAUCUCUCUCUCUCUCUCUCUAUGUAUAUGUAUGUAAUCUUGGUAUGUUCUCCUCCUGGCUUGUGAUCAUCCAGCUUCCUCUUGAUUUAUAUUCCAGAAGUUUUUUAAUUUGGUAAAAUCAAAGAAACUUGUCAUUUUGAGAUGGUCUCUUAUUUUUUCCAGAGCGGUGCAUACUUUUUGUGUCUGACUUCUUUUAACAGGAGCUUUAGUGUGCUGUGACCCACAAUUUAUGCUACAGUAAAGUC